ACACCCCCCUCCUCCACCCUCCAGAGGUCCCUGUUCCGGUCUAAAUUACACUCCGUCGCCCAAUCCCUCGUCAGCAUCGGUUUCUUCCUUCUCAUUCUUUUCCUUUUUUGCCUAUCCUAGUAUCCUUUUACUCAUCGUUCUAGAUUCCACGUCUCCUUCUCCUAGUUUCCUUUGUUUCUUUGCUCUGUUAUUAAUUAUAUGGAUACCAUUGAGCAACAUCUCUCGUCAUAAAUCAUCCUAGUCUUCAGCGGAGGUCACUUUUUGGAACGGGAAAAAGGAAAGAAAGUCCCUGGAAGGGCCGAGCUAGGAGAAAAAGGUCCUCUCGCAGAGUUACAUACAACACCAAAAUGUUAUUGAACGACUGCUUCGCGCGGCUACCGCCCACGGCCGCGGCGAUACUGCUUCUCUCGAAUAUCUUCGCCCUGGCCGAAGCCGGCGCUCUCCCCCGCCAAACAGAGCAUGCUCAAAUUCACAUCGCCUACCGCACACUGGACGUCCGUAGCUGGCCGCUGGCAACACCAGCGCCAUGGCUGGGCAUUAUGAGGAGGCAGGAUGACAGCACCAACACAGUCUGCGGGUAUCUCGGCGGUGACCCAAACCUGCCGGCGACGUGCUCUGCUGGUUCCCACUGCGCCAUGGACGCUUCCGUCUCGGCCAUCGGCUGCUGCCCGAACGGCGCCGCCUGUACGACGGGUGUCUACACGAGCUGUGUCGACGAGAACAGCCCCACUCAAACAGCUUCGGAUCCGUACAUCUUCACUUGCCAGGGCUCCAAUGUCUGCUACCGCAACAGUUUCGAUGGGGGUGCUUACCAGUAUGGAUGUGGUACGACAAGUCAGGGUACGACUGUUGCUGCUACUGCUUCAGGACUCAGCACUACGGUGGCCAUUACGCACAUCUCAGGCCUUGUCACGAGACAGGAGACCGCUUCGUCGAGUAGUUCAUCCUCCAGCAGCUCCAGCUCGUCGAGCAGUUCUUCUACGACUUCAAGCUCUUCGAGCUCAACAACCAGUUCCACGACUAGCUCAUCUUCAAGCACCUCCACGACGGCAUCAGAGUCAUCAACCUCGUCUGCGCCAGCAGCCACUAGCAGCGCUCCUCCAGUAAACGCCGAGGCUGCCGCGGCAGGACUGAGACGCAACGGGGGCAUUAUCGGUGGUGUUAUCGGCGGCUGCGCUGCAUUCGUCGCCCUCGUCUCAGUAGCACUCUGGAUGCGCAAGCGCAAGCGCGGCAACAAGCGUCUCGGUCCUGGCGCUGGUAAAGGCCCCACCUAUGUCCCCCAAACCAACCAAAAGGACUUUGCACCCGUGCCCGGCGGCGAGAUGAUGUUCGACCAGGCAGGUUAUGGUCACCCGUCCAUGAUGCCAGGCGCCCACGGCAACACCACCUCCAUCAGCGGCGGCCGAUCCGCCAACAGCCCGCCGUCGUCCGCCCCCCACGGAGGAUAUAACCCCGCCAGCGGCGCCUCUGCGUCCGGUGCGUCCCGGUCGACGGGGGACGAUACCCCGCUCACGCACCAGGGCGAGAUGGAGGAGUUUUCCCGAGGGUAUAAUGACGCUGUUGGGCGCGGGGGUGAAGGGGGACACAGAGCGACUAGUUCGGGUACGGACGGGAGCCCCUAUGGCGCUGGCGCUGGGGCGACGAACGCAGGCCAGCGGGCUGAUGGGUCUGAGGAGAGGCCGUUGUGGCAGCAGAACCGGAGGCAGAGCCGGAAUUUGAUGUGGAUGUAAGAUGGGAUGAGUUUAGGAGGUUUGGGUGGGUUGGUUCGGUCAGGCUCUGGUGUCUUGGAGUUUUGGAUAUAUGUUGACAUCAUCAAGG